AUGGAAAUAGAAUUAGUUAAUAGAGAUUAGCAAAUAAUAUUGUCAUAGCCAGAAAAUCGUGGUGCAUCAAAAUUUUUCUAAGGAUUUAUUGAAAUUAUUGUAGAUAGUAAACGCCAUUAAAAAUUUGAUAAAAAAAAUGAUUAUAGAGAUAAAUUUGUUGGGAUGUGUAAUUACAAAAAUAUAAAUAAUUUGACAAUAGAAAGAUGCCUAAAAAGUUAAAGAUUAUUUCAUUUAGGAGGUGGAUAUUUGAUAGAAAUUUAUAGUUCUGAUGAAGAAAUUGAAAACUCAGUGUUUAAUCACUGCAAAAUGGUUUAGCUUAGUUAAAGAUAUAAUGAUGGUUCAGUGAAAUUUGAAAUGGGAUGCAAUGAAAUUACUUUUGAUUAUGAGAGAAUAGCAGAAAUACUUUAUUCUACUUAGAAUAAUGAAAAUUACACAAUUGCUAACAAAUUAUUGAAAGUAAAGCCUAUGAUUAUGAAUUUGAAAAAUACUAUUGAAAGGUUAUUUUUAAAGUAAGAAACCUCAUAGAUAGAGCAAAUAAUAUGCAAGAGAAAGGAAUACUAAGAAAUAUACAAAAAAUAGAGCCUUUAAAUGUAUGUAAAUGACGAAGAUUUUUAUUAGACGGUUACUUAUUGUUUGGAUAUGAGUUUGUAAUCUAAUAUUUUAACUGAUUAUACAUUUUCCAAUCCGAUGAUUGCAUUGAAUGGUGUAGAAACAGAAGAUUUAAUAAAUUAUGUAAUGAAAAACACUCUUUUUUGGAUGUUUUCUAAGCAUUCUAGAAGAGAGUUUUUACUAAGCUCUCUAGAAAUAAUAAAUUCUUAACUUAAUCAAACAUUCACUUACUUAAAUCCAAAUAUCAAUAUACUAACAAUUGAUGAAAUACCACUCACUACUCCUUGCUAAAUAACAGCAAUUCCUUUAAAUUAUCCAAGCGAUUUGCUAUUUAAAGGUGAAGAAUUUGAUUUGAUCAAUAAAUUUGACUAUCUUUUUAUCAUUAAAUAUAAUAUUUCAAUAGAAAACAUAAAAUAUGUUAUACAAACUAGAGAGGCUAAAAUCUCAAACUUAAACAUUAAAUAAAGCUACAUGCAUCGUGAAUUAGAUCAAUACAUAGCUGAGAAUUUCGAAACAUACAUGUAAAACUUGGUAUUUCUUGAGAAAUAUUAUGAAAAAUAGAUUUAAUAAAAAAAAUCAAAAAAUUAAUAAAUAUUUUAGAAGAAAAGAUUACUUUAAACAUGCUCAUACAAAUAUAUAUGA